GGAAAAUAUGAGCGGAAGCACCACUAGUCCAUGCGGCGCAUGCAAGUUUCUCCGGCGUAAAUGCGUGGCGGAAUGCGUCUUCGCUCCCUACUUUGACGCAGAGGAAGGGACGGCUCAUUUCGCGGCGGUGCACAAGGUUUUUGGGGCCAGCAACGCCUCUAAGCUCCUCUUGAUGAUCCCAGCCAACCGUAGACUUGAAGCCGUCGUCACGCUUUCUUACGAGGCUUUGUCUAGGCUUCGCGAUCCCGUCUUCGGAUGCGUUGGUCACAUCUUCGCCCUUCAACACCAGGUCAUGAAUCUCCAGGAGGAGCUAGCCGUCGUCCAAACUCAUCUCUCAACCCUUCAGCGCCUCCCUCCACAGCAUAAACAACAAAACAAUCCACAGACAGAAACAUCCUCUUCAACCAAAGCUCCUCUCACAGCUACUGUCGAUAAUAAGACCAACAACGUAUCUUCCUCUUUGUUACACAUGAAUGCUAUGUCCCAAGAACAACAGCCACAAGAAAAUAGUGAGGUCCCAAUAGAGUCAGUGGAUUUUAGCACAUUAUUGGGCCUAGAAGAUCCGUUGGACAGGGACGGUGAUCUUAACACGCUUGCCCGUGAGUUUGUCUCUAAGUAUUUGACCGAAGGCAGAUACCGACCAUCUUCUCCAAUAUAACUAACUAUUAUAUAUGUUAACUUCAGACGUCUUUGUUUAUUUUGUACUGACCGGACUGCCGAGUAACUCAAAUCAUCUUUUAAUAAUUUCUAUCGGAUUCGCAGCGCAACUAUCAUCUCUCACUCAUGACGUCAACGUGCGUGGCAUCCAUGUCUCACUGUAUAUGAUUGAUUUAUAACGCGCAGAAAUCUUAUGUGUGUCGGAUUAUGAACUUUUGUAUUUAGAGUGCCAAGUGCGAUGUAGGUAACAGAGGCCUGAAAUAUUAAAGCCCAACCCAUUUGUCUUAACGGCAAUGUUGUUAAAUUUAUGUUAUUU